AUGUCGGACAACAAGGAACACCACCACCGCCAUCACCACCACCACCACAGUGAGUCACAACAACCGCAAAUACCCAUAGAUCCCAAUGCCAACCCCGCCAAUAGAAUAGGGAAGUACCAGGUCAUCAAGACCUUGGGUGAAGGGUCCUUUGGUAAGGUCAAGUUGGCUCAGCAUUUAACCACUGGCCAGAAGGUUGCUUUGAAAAUCAUCAACAGAAAGACGUUGGCCAAGUCCGACAUGCAAGGCAGAGUGGAAAGAGAAAUUUCUUACUUGCGUUUGUUGAGACACCCCCAUAUCAUCAAGCUCUAUGACGUGAUCAAGUCGAAGGACGAGAUUAUUAUGGUGAUUGAGUAUGCUGGCAAAGAGUUGUUCGACUACAUUGUCCAGAGAGGCAAGAUGCCAGAGGACGAAGCUAGACGUUUCUUUCAACAGAUCAUUGCUGCCGUUGAGUACUGUCAUAGACAUAAGAUUGUCCACCGUGACUUAAAGCCAGAAAACUUGUUAUUGGACGAUCAGUUGAACGUCAAGAUUGCCGAUUUUGGGUUGUCCAAUAUCAUGACUGAUGGUAACUUUUUGAAGACCAGUUGCGGGUCUCCCAACUACGCUGCCCCUGAGGUUAUCAGUGGAAAGUUGUACGCCGGUCCCGAGGUGGAUGUGUGGUCGUCGGGAGUCAUCUUAUACGUGAUGUUGUGUGGUAGAUUACCGUUCGACGACGAGUUCAUUCCAGCCUUGUUCAAGAAGAUCAGUAACGGUGUGUACACCUUGCCAAACUACUUGAGUGCCGGUGCUAAGCAUUUAUUGACCAGAAUGUUGGUUGUCAAUCCUUUGAACCGUAUUACCAUCCACGAGAUCAUGGAGGACGAAUGGUUCAAGCAAGGAAUGGAAGACUAUUUGUUACCUCCAGACCUUUCCAAGACCAAGCACAAGAAGAUCGAGAUCGAUGAAGACGUUAUACUGGCGUUGACAAUGGCCAUGGGAUACGACCGUGAUGAGAUCAUCAAUGUCAUCGAGAAGAGCAACAAACACUCCUCGCCUCAGAACCAGUCUAAUGAACUCUUGGAUGCGUACUUGUUGAUGAAGGAAAACCACUCGUUGGUCCGGGACUUGAAGAAGAGCAAAGCCGACAAGGUGGACUCUUUCUUGUCGCUGUCGCCACCUCCUUCCUACACCAAUAGCUCAACUAGCUCGGCACCUGGCGUCCAGCAGUCGUUGACAUACCAGACCUUGGCCACGGUGCCGGACUUGUCGACGUUGCCCAACUCCACCAUAGCGAUUCUUCCUUCCUCUUUGCCCACCAUCCACAGGGCAUACAUGAUGGAGAACAAUAACCAGGCUGCGAUCAACCCGGUUUCCACCAAGAAGCUGAAGACCAGAUGGCACUUUGGAAUUCGGUCCAGAUCGUAUCCGUUGGACGUGAUGGGAGAAAUUUAUCGUGCGCUCAAGAACUUGGGAGCCGAGUGGGCCAAGCCUACCGAAGAGGAGUUGUGGACCAUCCGUGUGCGCUGGAAGUAUGACAGCACCGAUGUGACCAAUGCCCCCAACUUGAUGAAGAUGCAGAUCCAAUUGUUCCAGUUGGAGCCCAACAACUACUUAGUGGACUUUAAGUUCGACGGAUGGGAGACUCCUGCAGUGGAGCCCAAGCAGGAUGUGGACGAGAUGUCGUCCUUUUCGGCGUACCCGUUCUUGCAUUUGGCCACUCGGUUGAUCAUGGAAUUGGCAGUGAACUCGCAAAGCGGAUAG